CACUCAAUUACUAUUUUUUUCCAGAAUGACUCAAGUGAAUCCAUCGGGUUCUGGCUGCUCAGGCAUGUCCAGAACAUCGACAUUCCUUUUGCUCCUGCUAUUGGCCCUCGUAUAUUCCUGCGUGACGAACUCGGUUUCAUAUUAUUCACUCCAGAUAAAUGCCUAUGGAAUCGGGGUUUACGCAAGCAUGCUGUUUUCUGGUGCAAAAGGACUUGUGUCAGCGAUUGUCGGGGUAUUAUUGACAAAACGCCUUUUUGUUCAGAGUACCUCGAAAAAAGGAAUGCUGAUCGCUGGAAUCUGGAUCACAGGGAUUGCGACCAUUUGCCUUGGGUCCACUGAUCAAUUGGGCAGCGGCACAUGGUUCCUCAUCCUCAGCGUUAUUUUCCAACUGGCUGCCAGCAUCGGAUUUGCACUUGUGGCGAUUUGCGCGUUGAGAAUACUCGCUGAAAAUUUCCAGGACGACGUAAAAGGAACCAUGGUACUCGUGGCUGUCAGUCUUGGUACUGCGUACUUCGUUGGCCCUGCUGUGGCAGCUUUUAUGCAUGCGAGUUCGGGGUUCAUGCUACCAAACGCUGUGCUGGGUUUGUCGACCAUCACGCUUGGCGCCUUCGUUUGGAGGGUCUUGAAAACCGUUGACACGCACUCAUUGGCGCCAUCUGGAGGUUUGUGGUUCAUUGGCCUGAGCAGUCAAACGAAUUGGAGAGCCGCGGCUCUUGAUCUGAAGAUACCGAUAGUUAUGCGGAACAAAUUGACGGUUUUCUUUGUUCAUAACUCAGAUGACCCCUUUGAUGUCGACCCGCUGUUCUCGUCCCAGCUGAUGACGUUGGAUCUCUACUUGGUCGUAAUCUCUGCUGUCAUAUCCUUUUUCCAGAACAAUCUCGAGCCACAUCUGCGACCGGUAGUGAAAAGAAGAUUUCCUGCGAGUUUCGACAGAUUUCACCCUUCGGUUCGCGAAUUCUCAAUGAAAAGAAUGGCGGGUUUUGCGGUCACGAUCUUGCUGUUGGUGUUGGUGGUGCAUCCCGAUGCGUCAGCUGGGCGUUGUCAUGUCCAAGAUGGCCGCCUACAUUGUACGGAGGCGUGCAAUGCGGAUGCGGUUCGAGCGUCCGACUUCGAUGGCAGGGUAGUGUUAACUGGUCCUGUCUUAGAUUUCGGUUGUUUGGAUUUUUUUGGCAUCAAGGUCGUUGAGUUGCUGAAGCCGACUCGAUGCAAGGGGGUUUUCAUAGCCUCUGCUGUCAAUCCUGCGGACCUGUGCGUUGGGUACGUGUCGGGAGCAGUCUUGACGGAGGUCACUUCGGUCGUCUUGACGACAUUGAUGAUUCCAACGACGACGCUGUCGACCGUUGCUGCGACGGUGGUGACGCCUACAGCGGCGACAUCUGUGUCGCAACCCGACUUGUCUGUUUCGACGCCGCUUCCUACGGCGGAGUCGAUUACUCUGACGGUGACUGCUGCUGCUUUUCCGUCAACGUCUGUAGUGAAAACAGAAACUACGACUGUCCCUGCCAACAAGCCAUCUAUCCUGAUAUCCGUAUUGAAAAACUUUUCGGAUAUUCCGGAGACGACUCUUUUUACGGGGGAACGUGCAAAUGUUACUCUGACCUUUGUGGAGGGGAAAGCUGUUUUGGGUGCUGAGUUUUCAACGGAAGUGCUCUCCAAAUGGGCUGUUGGGCUUAUCAGCGGCCUUAGUCUGACGGUUUUUGGACUGGUGUUUGGGUGGCUGGCUCAUUGCCUGAGGAAGAAGCCCUGGUUGCAGCCAUUCCUGAGGCUAGUGGAGGAGGCCAGGAGGGUGUUGACGCUGCCG